AUGGGGGCGAAUUCGUCGAGCAGAUCAGAUGCAAGCCUUCUGAACGAUGAAGAUGUUAAUUUUGAUCAYUUUCAAAUAUUGCGGGCGAUCGGCAAAGGCAGCUUUGGCAAGGUGUGCAUCGUACAGAAACGUGAUAGUGGCAUACUCUAUGCCAUGAAAUAUGUCAGUCGGUCGGCGUGCGAGUCGCGCGGUGCGCUGGGUGGUGUUAUCAAAGAAGUGGAAUUGCUUGCCUCGCUGGAACAUCCAUUUCUGGUGAAUCUGUGGUUUUCAUUUCAAGAUGAGGAGGAUUUAUUUAUGGUGUGUGAUUUACUGACUGGCGGUGAUUUAAGGUAUCAUCUACAAAAUCGGGUGGAAUUCAGCGAAAAAAGUGUUGCCUUAUUAGUGUGUGAGUUGGGAAGUGCUUUAGAAUACUUGCAGAAGCAAAGGGUGGUGCAUAGGGAUAUCAAGCCAGAUAACAUUCUUUUGGAUGGUGCUGGACAUGCACAUUUGACUGAUUUUAAUAUAGCUACAAGACUGCAAAAGGACGGACUCGCAUGCAGCAUGUCUGGAACCAAACCGUAUAUGGCGCCAGAAGUAUUCAUGUGUGCAUUAGAGGAAAUAGCGGGUUACAGUUUUCCUGUCGAUUGGUGGUCCCUCGGKGUAGUUGCAUAUGAAAUGCGUGCCAAUGUGCGACCCUUUAUCGUGCAUUCGCAUACGGGAUUGGCGGAGGUGAAAAAUAUAUUAACGUCACCGGUGCACUAUCCACGUUAUUGGAGUCAUAAUUUCAUUGAUUUGCUGACAAAGCUGCUCUGUGUACAUCCCGGCGCACGUAUCAGCUCUCAGCAGGAGAUACAACAAACACCACUUCUACGGCACACGGACUUCAAAAGUAUACUGGAGAAAACAACAAUACCACCAUUCAAGCCACCUGAGGAUCACCUCAAUUGUGAUCCGUGUUUAGAACUGGAGGAAAUGAUUGUAGAAACRCGACCGCUGCAUAAGAAGAAGAAGCGUUUAGCCAAACAGCGAUCGGCACAACGUGACAGCGACCCCGAAACGGUGCUUAUCAAGGAGUUUAUAGUUUACAAUCGAUAUAAGGAACUCAAACGAAAAGCAAUGGAAAAAAAAGAAAACGAUUGGCAACGCGAACUCGAACACGCUAUGGCGAAUUCAAUCGUGACAAGUUUAGCGCCAAUUCAAGAGAAGCCAACGUCGAUGCAUUUUAGUGAUGAUGGCGAUAACGAUGAAAUUAUCAGUGURACUACGACGACGACGACAAAUGGAAAUGUUAACGCUAGCCAACCAAUAACCGUAAAACGCAAUUCCUCCGUGCCCCUAACUACAACAAUAAAUGCUUUAAGUAGCAACACGAUUUCCACACCAAAGACGAGUACAACCAAUCUGGGAGGAGCUACAGCGUUGCCACCGCUUUGUACGAAAUGUCAACAUCACAGCUCAAUAAUGGGAAUARCAACGUCUCAGCAGACCAAAAUUCAACUUUCAUCGAACACAAAGGAUGGCGAAAAUAUUGAAUUUAUCGAUCGUACGCCUUCACCGUCGACAUCAAACGCCAUUACGUUACGAACGCCAGUGAUGGGAAGAAAAGCUGACGCAACAGCAAARGUGAAUGUGCUGUAGAAAAGCUGUUACGGUGAAUCAUUUCGGGAAUACUUGAAAAAAUUCAAAAUCAUAAUUAUAUACACGAUAAUUAAGUUGACCGAAU